AUCAGGCAUAGACCAAAAAGCUAGGGAGAGCUGAAAUUUGGUUCUUCCAUACAAUGACCAAUUUGGAUCUAGUUCAGCCAUGAUGAAAACGAAACUGCAAACAAUAUGGCUAGCAUUAGCAUUCCUUAUGACGAAAUAAACUUUUUCCUUUUAAUUAUUUUCCAUUUCCAUUAGAAUUUGAUUUUGUCUGUAUAACUUAUUUUAAACAAAUAUUUUCCCUUGAUAUUACUUAUGAAGUGUUUCAUAAUUUUUUACCUCAGCUUUAUUACAUUAUAAAAAUAUUUUUUUCUUGUAUAGCUCGAUUGUUAUAAACAGUGUUGUUUAAAUGCAAAUAUUUAAAUAAAAAUGGAAUCUGAUGUUAGUAAUGACAAGUCUGUGACUGAAGAAUGUUAUAUUUGUGGUUUUGUGUGCAGUUCCAGACGUAUGUUAGGACAUAUACGAAGUCAUACGCACGUAGAGAUUUUUGAAUGUGAGAUAUGUGGAGAUCGCUUUGCAUCGAAAAAAACUUUGCAAAAACAUUAUAUAACCCAUAAGACACAUUUUAUUUGUGAACAUUGCAAUAAAAAAUUUGUAGAUCCUGAACGUUUGAGAUCACAUAUAUGUUUUAAUCCUGAAGAAAACUAUACUUGUGAAACUUGUGGUAAGGAGUUUGUUCAUCAAAGCAGAUGGAUGAAACACAUUGCUACCCAUUCAAAAGAUAAAGCAUUUAAGUGUCAAUAUUGUUCUAAAGGAUUCCGAUAUAAACGAAAUCUCACAGCUCAUAUAGCCAAGCAUCCUGUUGAUGAGGAUGGUAAUAUAAAAAUUGAGUCAACUGAGCAAAAGAUCUUCACCUGUGAUGUAUGCAAAAAAGAAUUUCCUAAUAAAAGAAAUCUUGAACGGCAUCAUUUGUCUCAUACUGAUGAAAAGCCUUUUAUAUGUCAAGUAUGCAACAGAGGUUUUACUCUAAAGCAUAAUAUGGAAGUUCAUGAGCGUCUUCAUUAUCUUAAUGAAAGACCACAUCAAUGUCAAAAAUGUGGGAAGUGUUUCAGCCGAAGAUCAAAUUUAAAAGUACAUUGUGCUAUGCAUUUGCGUCAUGAGUUAGGCUUGCCUGCACCCAAACAAAAUAAUGGAAAAGUUUUUCCUUGUGAUAUAUGUCAAAAAAGUUUCAUUUCUAAAAGAAACCUCAUUCAACACCAAGUUACUCAUACUAAAGAAAAACCCUAUGUUUGCCAAUUUUGUAACCAAAGAUUUUCUUAUGACUCUUGUUUAAAACGUCAUUCUUAUCUUCACACUGAAGGGGCAUUUCGAAGAAGGCCUAAAUAUUCAAAAAAUAGAAUUGUUGUCAUUGGCCCUGAUGGUGAAAUAGAUACUAAGCCGUUUAUUUGUCAUGUGUGCCACGCUGCAUUUAAUGAAGAAAUUGAAUUAAAGGCCCACAGGAAAAGUUUUUGGCAAGUUCAUAACUAUAAGUGUUGCAAGUGCUUACAAGUUUAUAAGUGUAAAAAAAAGCUUAAAGAGCAUGAAAAAAUCCAUGACAUUGGCUCUACUUCAAAACCAGUCGUUUGUGCUUUAAAAGUUGAUGGUAGUAAAAGUACUGAGUCUGAAAGUGAUACUAUAGACACUGAAACUGAAUGUGGAGAAUCCAGUAUGAACUCAGUUAGUUCUCUGAGAAAUGAAACGAAAAAUAUUGAAUAUGAAAGUGACAUAGUAGAUAUAGAAGAAGAAGAAUCCUUUCUAAGUCUAGUUGUAUGUGCUCCAAGUUUGGAAAAUAAAAACAUCGAAUCUGAAAAGGAUAGUAAAGGUGUUGAGAUUGAAGAUGAAGCCACGAGUUACACUAGCAGUGAGAAUUAUUUAAAAAGUAUUUUAAAUAAUCCCGUACGAUUGAGAUCGCAUAUAUGUUUUAAUCCAGAAGAAAACUAUACUUGUGAAACCUGUGGCAAAGAAUUUGUUCAUCAAAGUCGUUACAUGAAACAUGUUGCUACCCAUUCUGAAGAGAAAGUUUUUACUUGUAAAUAUUGCUCCAAGAGUUUUCAACAUAAACGAAAUCUUACGCGACAUAUGACAACUCAUUCUGAACACAUUGAAGAAGGGCAACAAAUAGACGAAAUUGAUCAAACCUACUCUUGUGACGUAUGCAACAAAGAAUGCUCUAACAAAAGUCAAUUGGAGAGACAUUACAUGUCACACUCUGACGAAAAGCCGUACAUAUGUUUAGUAUGCAACAGAGGUUUCAAAUAUAAAGGAGAUAUGAAGUCGCAUGAGAAACUUCAUUUUCAACAGAAAGGACCCCAUGAAUGUGCAAAGUGUGGGAAAUGCUUUAGUCGAAGAUCUAAUUUGAAAGUGCACUAUAAUAUGCAUUUACGGCGGGAGUUGGGUUUACCUACCUUAACUUUUCACAAUGGCAAGACAUUCACUUGUGACGUAUGUAAUAAGAAUUUCAUUUCUGAAAAGGUUCUUACUCAGCAUCAAGUUACUCACACAAAGGAAAAGCCUUAUGCUUGUCAAUACUGUGAGCAGAGGUUUUCUCACGAUUCUUGUUUAAAACGACAUUCUUAUCUUCAUACCGAAGGAGCAUAUAGAAAAAGACCCAAGUAUUCGAAAAAUAGCGAAGUUACAAGUGGUCCUGAUGACGAAGAUGAUUCUCGGUCAUAUGUCUGUCAUGUGUGCCAGGCUACCUUUGAAGAAGAAAUUGAAUUACGCGUACAUAGGAAAAGUUUUUGGCGACUUCAAAAUUAUAAGUGUUGCAAGUGUUUUCAAGUAUAUAGGUGUAAAAAGAAACUUAGAGAACACGAAAAAGUUCACGAUGUUAGCUCCACCUCAAGUCCACUUGUUUGUGCCCUAAGGGUCGAAGGUAGAAACACUGAAUCGGAAGGUGACACUAGAGAUGCUGAUGUGGAAUAUGAAGAAUCAAGUUCGAGUAUUUUUAUUGGCACUGUAUCUAUGGAUAGUACUGAAUCUGAAACUGAUACCAGAGAUGUUGAACUGGAAAGUGAAGAAUCCUGCUCAAGUCAGACUGAGCAUGCCCUGAGAAUCGAGACUGAAUCUGAAAGUGACAGCAGAGAUGUUGUGGUAGAAGAUGAAAAUUCAAGUUCUAGCACUCAGAAUUAUCAAAAUUAUGAAAAAAGUUUCACCAAAAAAUCACUUGAAGAAUGUUAUAUUUGUGGUAAACUUUGUGAUAACAGGCGUAUAUUAUCUCAUAUUCGAACACAUACCAAUGUUGAGGUUCAUGAAUGCCAAGAUUGUGGUAGUCGAUUUGCCUCGAAAAAGUCUUUGCGGCAGCAUUCUCUGACUCAUACAACGCAUGAUACAUGUAAUGCAUGUAAUAAGAAAUUUAAUGAUCCUAACUCGUUGACGCAACAUCGUUGUAUUGAAGCUAAAGAAAAAAAGCAUUUUUGUAAGACUUGUGGGAAACGAUUCUAUCAAAUAAGUGGUCUCACGAGGCACACUGUUACCCAUUUAGCUGAAAAACCCUUUGCGUGUGAUGUAUGUGAUAAACGAUUUGCUCAGAAAGGUAACCUAACUGUUCAUUAUGCCAAGUAUAAUAGCAAUAAAUGUGCUCAAACUGUCAAACUAAAACCUUAUAAAUGUAAAUCGUGUUCUAAAAGCUUUUCUUUAAAGGGAAAUCUUAAAAGACACUUCAUUUCCCACUCUAAAGAAAAACCAUUUCCAUGUGAAAUAUGCUCUAAGUCUUUUGCAUAUAAGGAUCAUCUUAAAGCACAUCUUUGUUUACAUACUAAUGAUGUUAAACUAUACCACUGUGAAUAUUGUGAUAAAAUCUUCAAUCGAAAAUUCAAUCUUAAAGUGCAUUAUGAAAUGCACAAAAGAAAAGAGUGUGGAGAACCUGCUCCUAAAAGAGAGCAAAAAAACAUAUUUACUUGUAAACUAUGUUUUAAAAGUUUUCCAUCUAAUAGAAAUUUGCAGAGACAUCAAAUAUCACACACUGAUGAAAAACCUUAUGUGUGUGAACUUUGUGGUAAAAGUUUUGCUUAUAAAUCUUAUUUAAAAGUUCAUAAACUGCAUCAUGCUAGUGAGAAAAAAUUUAAGUGUGAUGAAUGUGGAAAAUCUUAUUAUGAUAAAAGAGUGCUGAAUCAACAUAUUAAAAGGCAUAAGCCACCGACUAUUAUUUGCUCAGUGUGUGGUUAAGGUUUCUAUGCACCAGCUGAGUAUGAUCGCCAUUAUAUUAUUCAUGCUAAUGUGAAACCUUAUAUCUGUCAUAUUUGUCAUAAAGGAUUUUCUCAAUGCGGUCAUUUAAAGAAGCAUUAUAUUUGCCAUGUAAAACAGAAAGAUCAGUAUUUGAAACUGAAAGGAAAUUAUUUCGAUGAUAGUGUAAAUGAGUCGAAGGAAAGUGGCAAUAAAAAAACAUGUAAAAAAGUAGCAGAAAAUAUUCAUUUAAUAAAUAAGCAGGUUAGAAGUUGUCAUGAUAAUUUAAUAAAUGGAGUGAAUGAAAAUUGUGAUGAUGAUUUAAUAAAUGAGCUGAAUGAAAAUUGUGAUGAUUAUUUAAUAAAUGACCUGAAUGAAAAUUGUGAUGAUGAUUUAAUAAAUGACCUGAAUGAAAAUUGUGAUGAUUUAAUAAAUGACCUGAAUGAAAAUUUUGAUGAUGAUUUAAUAAAUGACCUGAAUGAAAAUUGUGAUGAUGAUUUAACAAAUGAGCUAGAAGAAAAAUGUGGUGAUUUAGUAAAUGUGCUGCAUACAAAUUGUGAUGAUAAUUUAACAAAUGAGCAGAAUAUUAAUUGUGAUGAUAAUUUAACCAAUAAGUUUGAAGAGAAUUUAUGUAAAACUAAUUCUAAGUAUGAAUUGAAAACAAGGUAUUCUAACGAAAUUGUAAGGGAUAAUUUGCAAAGAAAAGACUGUAAUAGAGAUGUUUUAACUGUUUAUGAUCAAAUAAAUUAUGAAAAUAUUUUUAAUAUUUCAAAGAAACUAUCAAAUGUUCAUGAUGAUGAUAUAUUAGAUGUCAAGCUAAAUAAAAAAUCAGUUAUUAAAUCUUAUGAUUUUAAUGAAUUAUCUUGUGCAUUAUCUUUUAGAUGUAAUUUGUGCAAACAAUACUUUGUUUGCAAAAAAGAAUAUGAAAAACAUACAAGUGGCCUUUUUUGUUGUGUGUCUAAUAGUGAUUGCAAUCUUAAAAGAAGUAUUAAUGAAAAUAAAUUGAUCCCUAGUACUUUUUCUACUGGCAAACCUUUCAUAUGUAUUCUCAAAAGGGAAAGUUAAUUUAAGCAUGGUUCGUUUUUAUAGAACCACAUAGUUAGAAGUAACAUCUAGAUUUUUUCACACUAGGUGAAAAUAAUCUCUCCAAUAGAAAUUAUUUUUACUUGUUGUAAAAAAACAACAAUAUUAUUCUGUUUUGGAGUGUUGGAAAAAAAAAAUCUGAAAUCUAGAUCCUAAUCUAGGAUAACUAAUUUAUUACGAAUGCAUACAAUUUUCAAUAGCUUUUUGCAUUUUGGUAAAAAUGUGAUUUUUAAGCUCACAAAAAUACAAUUUGUAUCAAUAAUUGUUUUGGAAUUAUUAAACCCCAAAACAGAUACAAGUUAGUCUGUAUGUCAAAUCUAUCAAAUUUUUAUUUCCAAUAAAAUAAUUAGUUUUUUUAUAACUUUUCCAAAGUUGUACAUCUGAAUGACUCAUGUUUCACAAUAAAUGUUUUAUAAUG